ACUUUCUAGCACUUCUUCUUUUUCUGUCAACGCUCGAUCGUAUAUCUGUCCUGUUUUUACUAGUGUUAAUCUGCUAAUAGCUAAGCGUAGUGCUUCAAUAAAAGAAUAGGUCUAUAUAUUCGUACGCAUUUCAGCAUAUCCGUUCGAUAGAAGUGCAAAGCGAGAACGCACGAGAACGUCACAAACGAAAACGAAAGGCGAUUGUGGUGGACGCGUUUUACUUUGACGCCCGUUCGUUUUCUAACAGCGGAGCUAACAAACGCCACGAUCAAUUCUGUCUUUCUUGCCAGUCAUCGCAUUACGUCAUAUAUAUAGUUGUUGAUAUUGCAACUCGAAGACGAUAAAUAAUUUUUCCGCAAGUGUCAAUUCCGUUCGACUUCGUGUUUUGCAGUUGGAACCAUGGGCGACUCCUUGCUGACGGAGGAUACCGAGAUACUUACAAACAAAGAAGAGCAAUAUAAGGUAAUAGAUGAGUGUAUGGAAGAAACAGAAGAGACACCUGAUACCAUACAAGGGACAGAGGCAGAAGUUAUAACAUGUCCAAUUAUAGAUUGUCCAAAACUGGAUGAUGCAAUUCAGCAAGAUCCCAAGACUAGUACUGAUGACAUAAAAUCUCAUGAUAACACGGAUAAACCUGCUCCAAUAAAAAUGGAAAGUGAUCAAGAAUUGAACAAUGAUACUACUGAUUUCACUGCUGAUAUUAGCUUAGAUCAGUUUGAUGGACAGAAAGAGAUAACAGAUGAAGACGUGAUGCAUCAUUUAGAUGUGAUUGAAAAUAUUGAAAUAGAUCCUGAAACCUUUGGUGUGGAUCAGUGUAUGAGAGAAGAGAAUGAACAAUUAGAUUUGUCUACAAAAGAAAUGGAAGAACAGGAAGAAGAAAAAGAUGAAAUAACUGUGAUUGAAGAAGAAGUAGAGGAAAAGUGGUAUGAAAUGAAGCUUUCAGAGAAAAAUGAACUUUUAAAAGAAAGACUCUCGAAGUUAGCUCGAGUGUUAAUAGUUUCUUAUCCUUCUUAUGAAAAAUGGUUAGAAAGAAUAGAGAAGAUAGAAGGAUCGCCUAUCUGUAAAAUAGAUCCAAUUCGACGUUGUUCAUUAAAAAAACCAAAUACUAAUAGAUGGAAAUUUCAAUGCAAAGAAAAAUGCAAACAAGAAUCUAUAAAACAAGAGUUUAAUCCAGAUUCUGGCAAUAAAACAUACUGGCAACUUGAACCAAUUGGAAUAGGGGCUGGUAAUACCGAUGUAAAUGAAUUUUCGUUUCCUGCUUUCGUAUUAAAAGCAGUCAAGAUAUUUGAAGAUUUUCUUCAAACAACUAUAACUACGACUGAAGAUAUUUCUUCUAAUGAUCCAUCGGAUGACAUAUGUAUCGAUAUUGAUAUGAAUAAAGAUGUAGAUCAAGAUAACAAACAACAGUGGUUGUGCUUGUUAGUACGUUGCAAUAGCAAGGAUGAACUCAUGCUCUUUGCAACUGGAAAAAAUAUUAGUCGUAGCACUAUGGAUCAAUUGAAGCAGACAUUUGAGUCUGGUCCUGGAAGAAAUUGUAAUGUCAAAUCUCUCUAUUGCAAAUCAAUGAACAAACGUGAUAAUAAAAUCGUUACGACUACGACAUUCUUAGUGGGAACAGAAGCUCUAGACGAAAUCGUGGGUAAUCUGAAAGUUCAGCUUGCGCCAAAGACAAACUUUUGGUGUAAUGCUGCGGGUGCGUGGAAUGUAGCAAAAGCAGUCUCAGAUAUGCUUGAACCUACAAAAAAAGUUACAGUACUUGAAAUUGGUUGUGGAAUUGGUGUAAUUGGACUUACAAUAGCAUCUAAAUGUCGAGAAGUGAUAGGAGUUGAUUCACCUUUGGAAAUAGAAGAAGCUGAGAUGACAUGUGAAAUGAAUCGUAUAUACAAUGCAUCGUUCAUAACGGGAUCUCCAUCUGAAGUUGUAACUAAACUAAAUUCUGCGCGUGAUUUACAUAAUAAAACUCGUAUAACUUACUGUAUAGUCAAUGCGGGCACCAAUAUGGGUAGAGCUAUUGAAGUUAUGACAUGCUUAAGAAAAAUCGGCUCUCUUCGACGUAUUGUAAUGGUCACUACGUUGACAAAACAAUCAGUUCGUGCAAUAUUAGAACUAGCACGGCCUAUAGAACAAGGGCUCGGUCAUCCGUUCAUGCCAAUUCGAGCAUGUGUCGUCGAUACAUUGCCUACUGGACCUCAUUUUGAGGUAGUUAUCCUAAUGGAACGAAGACUCAUGCAUAGGCUCACGCAGCCAUGGUUCAUCAAGAUGAUGGAAGAUGAAAGCAAAUCGUUGGCUAACACGAAAGCUUUAGAGCAAAAAAUCAAUAAUGACAAAAUUGACAAUACUGAGGCACGAAUAAGAAAGAAUCCAUUAGCGAAACCCGAACUUGUGGAAAAAACUAAAAUGGUAUUUACGAAAAAAAUAUCAAAAAGCAGUUCACCAACAAAGGGUAAAAUAAUAAAAUUGAAGCGAGACCAUUCGCCCGAAAUUAUAGAAAUAAAAAAAGUGCCAAAGAAAUUUGAAAAACCUGGAUUUAAACCAGGGCACGAUGUUACAGCUAAGAAAAAGAAUUGGUUUGUUGAAAGCCCAACAAUUCGCAUCAAUCCAUUAUUCGAGAAAAAAACAAAGGAGAUUAAAGAUCAAAUUGAUUUAAGAGAAAAAUUGUUGAGUAACCGAAUUGACACAGAUCUGAUACAAAAGGUAAAUGAAAGUCGAGACAUUCUUGAAGCAGCCAAAGAAAAGUUGAGCGGCCCAUCUCCUACGGUUGAUGCAACGACCGCUAAAGAAUUAAAAAAUGUGUUGAGCUUGGUUCUCGAUCAAACUAACAAACUUCAGACUCAAUUGCCUCGUUCAGUGUGGGAUCGCAUUGCGCCACCUGAAUCUGAGCCAAAGGGUCCAGUAAGGAAAGAACUUGAUGACGAUCCACUUUUGAAAGGUCGAUUUGUGCAAGAGACUCGUGCUCAGGAUAUCGUUAUCACGACAGCAAACAAAGAAUAUUUAGAAAUUGAGGACAAUAAGCCAAAAUUUAAAAAAUAUCACAACUUACAACCGCUAGAGCCAGAUAUGGUGAUGCCAGUACCGAAAAAGUUUAAAUCCAACAAUAGAUCGGAAUUCUCUCAAAAAUCAUUUAAUAAUAAAAAUAAACAACAAAAUCAAAAUAAUUCCUGGAACAGGAAUAAAAGUUUUGAUGGAAAUCGCUGGAAUGAAACAGGAUCUUCAAGAAAACCUAUCUCUCCAAUGAAAAGACAGGAUUUAUCAUUUAGACAACGAGCAUCGCCAUCAGAUAGAUUUUCAAUGGACAAGCGUCCAUUACUGUCACCACCGAGACGCCUAAGCUCGCCACCUAGGAGACAUUUUUCCCCAAAUAGAUCAUUUCAAGCACGCGAGUCUUUACCACAGCGAGAAUAUUCUCAGAGACGGCCAGUAUCACCAAUAAGAAUGAUGGUACCAAACAAUGAUAGAAUUCAUGAAAUGUCUACGCCACCUAGAGAUCAGUUUUCACCGAUUCCUCGAACAAUGUCUCCGCCAAGACGACCGAUGCAAGCUUCAGGCCGGUCCAUGUCACCUGUGAGACGGCAUAUGUCGCCGCCUAGGUCACAAUUGUCUCCACCGAGACGAAUGUCUUUGAUGGACUAUAAUUCAUCUGCGAGACAGUUAUCUCCAGAAAGAAGACCUAUGUCGCCUAUGGGCAGAAUGAUGUCUCCAUCAAGAUCAAGGGACAUGAUUUCAUCGCGACAACACUCACCUCCUAUGAGACACUUUUCGCCACAUCGAGUAUCAGUACGUGGUGCCUCACCUCCAAGGCGACAGCAAUCUCCUCCAAAGCGACAAUUGUCUCCUCCAAGACGCCAAUUGUCUCCUUCAAGGCAUCAAGGCUCGCCACUGAAUAGAUUUGCAGAUGAAUGGGACAUACCAAGUCGAGGUGCUAUUGAACAAAGUAGCACUUGGCAACGGUCCAUUAAUGAAAGACCAGAAAACGUUUGGCGUAAUGAGAGACAACCAACAACGAGCGGAAAUUGGCAGGCUUUGCCUGAUAAUGAUAGAUAUCGCAAACCAGCUAACCAAGAUAAAUCUUGGGAUGUUAGAGAGCCCUCGUCUCAUGGAAAUUCAUGGAAUGCAAAGCAGUCGCUUGCAAAACCUAAUAUAAAAGAACCAUGGCAGGCUUCAGACAAUAGAUGGUCUGGUCCGUCCAGAUCAGGAAUCGGUAAUGACAAUUGGAAUCGAGGCAAGGAAAGCUUAGGUAGUCGCAACAAGGAACCUUGGAUGAAUACAAAUAAGUCGCGAUGGGAACAGUCACAGUCCAAUGAUUGGAAUCAAGGAGACAAGGACGAUUGGAACGAUCUUCCGGAAGACGCACGGGAUCCUUGGGGCGAUGAAGGUAAUGUCGGGUUGCAGGAAAGAUGGAACGAUAAUCAAGCUGGUCCAUCGACCUGGUCUAGAGAAGCUGACAAGGGGAAUUCUUGGGCAAAAUCCAAAGACAAUUGGCAAAACAAAUCGCAAACAUUUCCAGCAAAGUCGUUAUGCCAAAACAGUAAUAAUCCGAACAUGAAUGAUUCCCGCUGGUUACCUUUAAAUGAUACGAAUAAAAAGGUACCACCAUCGACCAAUUGGCAAGGAAAUACUAAUGUUGGACCUAACGUUGGAAACAACUCUGGAUGGCAAUCGAACUAUGGUUUUCAAUCGCAGCGAUCUUUCGUGUCCAAUUUGUUUAAGGAUCGACGUUAGAUAAGAUGUUAGACACUUUGUUACACCAAAAGUAAUAAUAGUUUAGUAUUACACACAUACACACUAUUCGUCGUUUGGAUUUAUGAAGUAAAGCACAUGGAUCUUUUUUCUAGAUAUUAAAAAUGCAAUAAAUAUUUGAUGCUGAAUAAAGUUAUGUAUUCCAGAAUGGAUUAAAAUAUCUUUAUGUUAUAAUGAUUUUCAUGAAAAUAAUACAGUAUUUUGUGCGUUUUUAUUUUUUAUUUUAUUCUUGUGAAUCAGUACUACUUAGAAUUUGUAGUUUUAAGGUUAACAUUGAAAUGUAUCGUGUUUAUGUGUGUGUGUGUAUGUCAUUCUUCUCAUUUUAUAGCUGUUCUUUCGUAACAAGCGACGUUUGAUCUUAGAGACUAAUCGAAGAUUGUUAAAAAUUUUUAAAGUGUUAUUCAUAAUUUCUCAUAAAUAAUGUUGAAAACUAUAUUAGCAGAAAAGAAUAACAUAGUGUAUAUUAACAUAUAUUGUAUUUUUUCUUUUAUUGAAAUUAUAAUAACUUUAUAUAUGGAUAACAAGUGUAUAUGUAUACUUGAAUAUGCAUGAAAUUAUAUUUUUAUAUAUACUAUUACAUAUUCAUGUACUUUUAUAGUACGUAUAAUAUGUAUUCAGAAUGAUAGUCUUAGGCCCGGUUGUUCCACCUUUUGGUAAGUAUCAGGUAAUUUAACUGUUAGGUAAACCUAUGCAUUUCGCAUAGGUUUACCUAACAGUUAAAUUAUCUAAUACUUACCAAAGGGGGAACAACCGGGCCUUAUAGUAUUAGCAGAGAGGAAUCUGAGAAGUGCCACGACGGCCUUUGUUUUUAAAUAUAAAUUAUGUAGUGGGUACCCCCACUACAUGAUUUUAGCACAGACUUGAACCAUUUUCAGGCGAUUUUUGGCGAUCGUCUGGUAUAUGUACCAAGGUAUACCAAAGUAUAUCAGAACAUUCUCAAGGUACCAGAAUAAGCUCCACCCCUACCAAUAAUAACCUUGGUACAUAUACCAGACAAUCGCCUAAAAUCGCCUUUUAUCGACAGUGUCGCAAAAUGGAUGUAAUUUUAGUUCAUAUUUCGGCCUAAAUGGAUGACAUGGAUGUGCGUCGUUAGUGCGCCGGGAAUUUCAGCGUUAUUAAACAAAAAAGGCCGACGUGGCACCUCUCAGGUUCCUCUCUGGUAUUAGUAACUUUGAAAUAGAGAUAAUAACACGUUAAAAACUUAACAUGACCUCACAAUAGCCUUGUUUCUGAGAAUAAAUAUCACAUAUUACGAGAAAACAGCUAUAAAAUGAGGAAUAGGAACGGCAAUGGACAUGAACACAUUUUCAUUUCAAGUCCAAAACUACAAAUAUAGAGCACUGUUGUAAAUGAUGUUCAUGUAAUGACACUAUUUUUUAAUUUCAAUGAAUUUCAUUUAAAUAAGACAAACAAUACUUAUCCCAUUUAUGUGAAUGUUACUGAUUAGUUACAUUAGUUUUUUGCAAUGAGAGAAAUAAAACUAGACUACCUGCAUGAAGAGCAUUGUACAUAACAGCAUGAAUUGAGUUGAUAUGUUAAUAUGUAAUAACAGCCGAUUGUAUCUCUCAUUGAAGUGAUUUUCAAAAUAAAUUAUAUGUAAGCUAAUGUCUCA